GUGAAGUGUGUUCCUGCAUUGAUGGAGACGCUCUGAGGGUGACACUGGGAAUCAGUAAUCCUCACCACUCCUCCCCCCGAAGGCAGCACAGAUGUUUUCACUUGGUCCGGAAAACAUCUCCACCUCCCCUGCUUCCACCAAAGGACCAGUUAAAUAUGGAGAGCUCAUUGUGCUCGGGUGUAACGGCUCUCUGCCCAACGGUGACAAGGGAAGGCGGAAAAGUCGCUUCGCUCUGUAUCUCAGGAACAAAGCCAACGGUGUGAAACCCAGCACUGUGCACACGUCAUGCACACCUCAGGCUGCCAAGGCUGUAAGCAACAAGGAGCAGCACAGUAUUUCAUACACUCUGUCCCGGGCACAGACGGUGGUGGUGGAGUACACCCACGACAGCAACACAGACAUGUUCCAGAUUGGUCGUUCUACCGAGAAUCCCAUUGACUUUGUGGUGACGGACACGGUGCCCGGUGGUCAGAGCCACGCUGACGCUCAGGCGGUUCAGAGCACCAUCUCCCGCUUCGCCUGCCGCAUCAUCUGCCAAAGAAACCCGCCUUACUCUGCACGCAUCUACGCCGCAGGCUUUGACUCCUCCAAGAACAUCUUCCUCGGGGAGAAGGCAGCCAAGUGGAGGAUGCAGGACGGUCAGAUGGACGGCCUGACCACCAACGGCGUGCUUGUGAUGCACCCACGCCACGGCUUCAGCCAGGACUCUAAACCUGGCCUGUGGAGGGAAAUAUCAGUCUGCGGCAAUGUCUUCACUCUGCGGGAAACCAGAUCAUCUCAGCAGAGGGGAAAGCUGGUGGACUCUGUCUCUGAGUCUAACGAGCUGGUGGACGGCUCGCUCAUCGACCUGUGCGGUGCCACGCUGCUGUGGCGGACGGCUGAGGGCCUUGCGCACACACCCACCGUCAAACACCUGGAGGCGCUGCGUCAGGAGCUGAACGCCGGGCGGCCGCAGUGUCCCGUGGGCUUCAACACACUGGCCUUCCCCAGCCUUCGCCGCAAAGGCGUCCUGGACGAGAAGCAGCCCUGGGCUUACCUGCGCUGCGGCCACGUCCACGGCUACCACGGCUGGGGGGGGCGCCGCAACCCCGAGGUGGAGGCGGAGUGUCUGGAGAGGGAGUGCCCCAUGUGCCGGGCGCGGGGCCCCUACGUGCCGCUGUGGCUGGGCUGUGAGGCGGGCUUCUACGUGGACGCGGAGCCCCCCACUCACGCCUUCAUCCCCUGCGGUCACGUCUGCUCGGAGAAGACGACGGCGUACUGGAGUCAGAUCCCGCUGCCGCACGGCACGCACACCUUCCACGCCGCCUGCCCCUUCUGCAUCCAGCCGCUGAGUGAGUCCGGCUGCAUCAGACUCAUCUUCCAAAGCCCGCUGGACUAGAAACCGCUCAGACUUCUCCCCUCAAGCCUUAAACAACAGGAGGGCGGACGGAAGUAUUUUAACUUUAUGUCUUAUAACUUAAUUUAACUUGACUCUGACCGAUAUAAACACAUCUAUGGGCUUUAUUUCUAUAUAUUCGUUCAGGCAGUGUUGUCCUCCUCGAAAGUGGUGGCAGUUCUUCCCUGGACAGCUGCACAGAUGUUUUUAUUUAUUCCUCAGUAAUGUUUUUGUAAAUAACAGCUGGAAUGUUUCACAGAUUACUGUCUCACCCUGCCUUAAAGAGUCUUUAAAACUGAGACGUUUCACAUCAGUUUGGUUUCACUCACGUGUUUCAGUGUCUCCCUGUGGCCCUGUUUCUGUUUUUCUGUGGGAAAUAGGAUUUAUCAGCAGCACAAAAAACAAUUGUGGCACAAACGGGAACUUUUAGUAAUCUCUAAUAUAUUUCUGUAUUUGAUCUUGUUCUCUGAAAUCAAGUGACCUUCCUCUGUUCCUGCUCUUGCCUCUUUCAACACACAGUAAUGUUAUUUAUGAUCUUAACAGGAGAUUUGUACCAUAACAAAGUUUUUUAGGCUGCUGUCUUGGGACAUGAAACACACACAUCCAGAUUGAAUGUAAAUUUUGAAAACAAAAUAAACUACAGGCAUGAAUGACAAUAAAGUGGCGUUGCUCAGUAGUUAAACGAGGUUUAAACAUUUAACAAACACUGUCCCAAGUGCUCUUAAAGGAAUACUUCGCUCCAAAAUGAAAGUCCAGUUACUGCCAGUGCAUGUUUACAUAAAGUAUGAUAUCAAAAGGAAACUAUAGGUCCCAACAACUCCUGACCAGAUUAUCCUGAUAUUUGUGGCUUUCUGACUUUCCCUCCAGCGCCACAGGAGGCCAAACCUCCUACUUUUAUUUAAAAAAACAAAAAAAGAUUGUAUAGUUUUCUUCAGAUUUCCCCAUUCACAUUGCUGUUCCCAAGAGGAUGAACUGUUCUGAUUGUAGCUCUAUUUCUUGCGUCAGUAUGUUAACUCGGACUCGUCUUGGAGCUGUGAACAGAGUAUGAUCUGUUUAGAAGGCAGACAUUCAGCAAAAGCUGAAAACUGGAGUUAAUCUGUGAAUUUUGGAGUGAACUAUUCUUCAGUCAGACCAGUAAAACCUCAGCUGCAUCAGAUAAAACCUGCAGCAGGGUAAACCUGCAGGUGAUGACCCACACUGACUCAGUUUCUUGUGUUUGUUCAUGCUAUUGUAUCGUCUUCGGUUUGUGACUCGUGUUUGUUGCCCCUCACAGCUUUGCAGUCAUUCUGCUCACUGACUGUAUUUUUAUUUUUAUUUUUUACCGUUUGCAAACAAUAAAAAACCCACUGCUGAUG